AUCUGGCGAAUCGCGCCACCCUCCAGUUUCCUCCGAUUUAGUAGCACUUUAACGUUCAUGUUUUUCUUUUCUCUUUCUUUUAUACUACUAUAUAAAAUAACGACAAUUAUAAAUUGAGAGCAACUUCGAAGAAAACAAAUUAAAUCAAAUGCAUUUGUGAAAUAUUCUGAGAUUUUCUAAAAAAGAAAUUCUCUCUGCUAAUUUUUUCUCCAAUGGCCGCUAAAUCGAUCGAGCAGGAAAAACCAUUCUUACCAGGGAUGGUGGACGGAAGCACCAAUUUACCAGUCAACAUCUCAUGCUUUGAGUUGAUUAAACCUAGCUUUGAUGAGACCCACCAGCAUUGUUCUCUCGAUGUCUUGCCUAUUCUAAUCGAGGAGACUUCAUUUCCAGUAAGAGAAAAAUGCAGCUUAAAGACUUCAAAUGGCCAGGAUGUCUAUAGCAUUUCUGUGUUGCCUGAGGAAGGAAACACGAGCCCAAAAUGCACACCACAGUUAACUUUUUUGAGCCUUUUAGAAGUUCCUUUUUCAUCUAAAAACCAGAUGUGUUUGGAUGCGCAAUUGAGUUGCCAGAACUGCAUCGAUUUGAAAGUGGAUACUGAAGAUGAUUAUUCAUCUUGCAUUCUGGAUAUAAACAUUGAGAAAGAGAAUUCUGACAUACUUAAAUCCAGUAAUGAAACUGUUGGAAAUACAAAAAGCGAAGGUGUAGUGACACAUUUGCAGAAGGUGUUGCAGAGACAAGCAAGCUUAGUGGACAAAUCAUCAACUGAGAGGGUUCAUGAUGCACCAACGAACAGAUGGAGAAGAUAUAAACGGGCCGCAUCCUUUGAUUCAAGGAAAAUAGUCCUCCUUUUCUCAAUCUUGUCAAGUGUAGGGACAUUGAUAUUGAUUUAUCUGACGCUGAGAGUUAGGCAAAAUGGUGAUGGGUUCAAUCAUGUCUAGCACCUCCACUCUCAUCACCUUCUAGUUUAUGCUUGAACUUGUUUUUCUGAAAUUUCUUGAGAACUAUAUAUUAUGCCUUGAGAACAUCUGCUUAAGUUUAGAUUUUGAAUGUUAAUAGUUUUCACUUUUUUCUUUUAUGAUUUUUCCACUGUAAAUAUUACUAGUGUUUCAGCAAUGCAGCAUCUCUUACCAUUGCCCAGAGAAUUUACAAGGA